UUAGAGUCUACGUGGUGAGGAGUGGAAUCAUCGUGAUUGUGCACCUAUCACCAUGGUUGAGACCCGUACUGGGUUAGAGACUAACCCCUACAGCAAGGAGCAGCAAGAGAAGGUGGCCGCCUUAGUGAAAGAAAACAGGGAGAGGAAAGAGCGUGAAAAGCAGGCGAAGUUAAAAGCUAUCGCAGAUGAGCAGGCGUCGAAGAUGAAAGAGAUAGAGGAGGAGAUGGAGAGGAAGAAGAAGGCUGCGGAAGAAGAAGCGGCAGCAGAAGAGGAGAAGGAAAGAAUAAGAAUUGAGAGUGGAGAAGGGAGAAGUAGUGGCACGAUGAAGAAGGACACAGACGUGGAGAUUGAGAAGAAAAUCAGUGAGUGGGUUGCUAACUUAUCAUUGGGAGAAGAUGAAGAGGCAGAGUCAUAUGUGAGGGCAGAUGAGAAGGCCGCAUUGGCCGCUGAGCUAGCAGCCAUGACGGAUCCUAUGGGAAGGCGAGAAAGGGAGGAGGAGCAGAAGUUGGCAUGGAAACUGAGGAUGAAGAGGGAGAAGAAGAGGAGCAGAAAGGAAGUGAAUAAAAUGACCGCAGCAGUAGCAAGGGUGCAGGCGUGCAGAGCGGAGGUGAUGGCCCAGCCAGAUGAUAAGGCCAAGUGGGACAAGGUAUUGGGCUACCUGGAGGUUUUGAGCAAGGCCUGGAUGGAGGAGCGCCAGGCAAGUUGGAGUCCGGAUGUAGCUCUGAGUGCUAUGCGGUCCGGAUUCAGGGAGUUUGCGCGCGAAAUCGUCACCCAUAUUGGGCGCGAAGUAAAACAGUUGAGAGACAAUGUAGGGAAGUUUUGUGAGGGCGCCAUUCAGGGUGCCAAAGCUGUAGCCGCUGUAGAGGGAGAGGCCAGACCCCGUAAGGACCCAGUGAAACUUAAGUUCCCAGAUGCGUACGGGUGAAAGAAGGAGGAAAACUUUGACAACUGGGAAGCCAGUGUCAAUAGUUAUAUUUACUUACAACACAUCCUGAUGGAGGAACAAGUCCUCGUGGCCUUCCAGGCCUUCAAAGA